AUGAGUAUCAUGGAGUAUAACGGCGGCAGUGUCGUCGCCGCCAAAGGCAAGAACUGCGUCGUGAUCGCCUCGGACCUGCGACUCGGUCAGCAGGCCAUGACGGUCGCCUGCAACUUCGACAAGGUCUUCCGCGUGACCGAGAAGACCUACAUUGGCCUUCCCGGCCUCGCAUCCGAUGUCUCGACGCUGCGCGAACGCUUCCGCUACCGCGUCAACAUGUACAAGAUGAAGGAGGAGCGCGAAAUCGAGCCCGAGAUCUUUGCCAACCUCGUCAGCUCGACACUCUACGAGAGAAGGUUUGGACCUUACUUCAUCGAGCCCGUCAUUGCUGGACUCAACUCGAAAGACGAGCCAUUCAUCGCCGCAACAGAUGUGAUCGGAUGCCUCAACUUUGCAAAGGACUUUGUGGUCAGCGGCACAGCAUCGGACAAGCUCUUCGGCAUGGCAGAAGGCCUCUGGGAACCGGAUCUGGGACCCGAGGAGCUCUUUGAGACCGUAUCGCAGAUCCUGCUCGGAGCGCUCGAGCGCGACGCAUUAUCAGGUUGGGGCGCCGUCGUCCGCAUUAUUACUCCUGACAAGGUCAUCGAGAGGACGCUCAAGGCGAGAAUGGACUAG